UCCCAACGGACCAGCAAAGGAGAAACAUGAAGGCAGCAGUAGUUCUGUGUGUGGUGGCGGCGGCGUGGGCGGCUCCCCAGGGCGGCUACAACUACCAGGCGCCCGUGGUUCAGCAGCCCGAGUACCCGUCGGUGCCCGCCCAGUACAACUUCCAGUGGGACGUCAACGACCAGUAUUCCGGCAACUUCUACGGCCAACAGGAACAGCGCGACGGCGACAACACUCAGGGCAGCUACUACGUCCAGCUGCCUGACUCUCGCCGCAUGAGGGUCGACUACUACUCUGACGCCAGCGGCUUCCACCCCACAGUCACCUUCGAGGGCGAGGCACAGUACCCAAGUGCCCCUGCCCAGGUCUACUCUCAGCCUGCCCCUGCCCCUACCCAGGUGUACUCCCAGCCUGCUCCUGCCCCUGCCCAGGUGUACUCCCAGCCCGCCCCUGCCCCCGCCCCCACACAGUUCUACUCUCAACCUGGAAAAUGAUUUCCUUCUUCGAGUGUCGGGAUCUGCUUCUCUUUUCCUUCAGUCAUCGCACACCUUUCAUGAUCUGAACUUCGAUAUUCACCAUUCAUUAUCUUCUACAACCUAUUUUGUUUCCUUUUCUGUAAUGCUUACACGUUUCUUUAAAUCGAUAUAUUUUUAUAGAGAUUCCGAGAGAAUAUUUUUAUAAUAAAACUGACGAAAUGACCU